CCAAAUUAUCAUGUGAUAUACAGUCUACCGCACCCUGUUACUGAUUUUUUUUUAUUUUUUUAUUUUUUUAUUUUUCAUCAAGAAGUGGUAGCAGUAGCAGUAGUAGCAAGUUCUGAUUUUUGUUGGCAGUAAUUGUUUUGAUUGUUGAAUGUUUUUGUUGUAGUUACCAACCAUAUCGUUCUUUUUCUUCUGCUUUAAUUUAAUUUUCACUUUAAAGGGUGUGUGUUUUUCUCUUCCUAUUUCAUCUUCAACUCAGCUCUCAUGGCUACUCAGACCGUACCAACUGAAGCUCAUCAGCCAGUUGAGGAGAAAGUGGAUGAUGUUGUUGUUUCAGCAUCAAAGGAAAAUGAAGAUGUCCCCAAAGUGGAAGAGUCUCUCAGUCCAGAGGACAAAGGGGCUGGGGAUGAGCAGAUUGAGCCUCCGGUAGUCGAGGUUCCGAAAGAAUCCAUUUCUGAUGCUGUUAAGAGGAAGCCAGAGGAAUCUGAAGAGAAACCAAAGAUUGUUGAACAAUUGAAAGAAGUUGAAGAAAAAUUAGAGGUGAAAUCUGAGGAGGUAACUGAAAAGAUUGAGACCAUCUCCACAGAAGGGGGAAAAGCAGAUUCAGUAGUUCCUGAAGUUGAGGCGAAACCAAAGGGACAAUCUGAACAAGUAGCUGAGAAGGUUAAGAUUUUGUCCAAGGAGGUUGAUAAACAGGAUUUGGUCGCUCCUGAAGUUGAGGCAAAAUUAGAGGGAAAAUCUGAAGAAGUAACUGAAAAGGUUGAGACAGCAUCUGUGGAGGUUGAUAAACGAGAUCCGGUUGUUGGUGAAGUUGAAGCAAAAUUAGGAGGACAACCUGAAGUGACUGAAAAGGUUGAGACUGUUUCCGAAGAGGGUGGAAAACCGGUUUUGUUUGUACCUGAAAUUGAGGCAAAACAAGAGCCACCAUCUGAAGUUGAGCCUAAGGCGAAAGAUGAAGAGACUUUGGCUGUUACGGUUGAGGAGAAAAUCAGCGAAGUGGAGAAAACUAGUGUAGUUGUUCCAGAACAAGUUUUUUCAACAAAUCAGGAACCUGAAGCUGCUGAGAAAGAAGAUGUAGUUCAAUCUUCUCUUCCUGAUGUCACAGAAAAGAAGGAAUCAAGUGGAGUUGAUGCGGUUGUAAGUUCGUCAAAAGAGACACUGGUUGAGGAAUCAACUCAGCCUAUUAAAGAGGAGGGUGUCAAGAGCGCCGAUGCUCAAGUUACCGAAACGGUGUCUCCAGGAGAGAACACUGGAAAAGAUAAAGAUGCUGAAGUAGUUAAAAAUGGGAGUGAAGAGAUAGCAAAAGAUGAAACAAAAAAAGAUGGGAAAACAGAAGAAAAGCUGGAUGAUGCCAAUAAACCUGUUAGCGAACCGGUUAAAGAGCCUCCAAAAACUGAGUUGGAAGUGAAGGAAAAGGAGGUCUCCAAGGAUGGUGAUGGCACAAAAACAUCGCGGGACCUUCCAAAAGAAGCUCCAGCCAAGCCAACUCAAAAGCAAUCAAACAACCUUAUAUCAAAGGUGAAACAGUCACUUGUGAAGGCAAAGAAAGCUAUCACUGGGAAAUCUCCAACUUCAAAAACCAAGGAUGAUGUUAAAGCCAAAUAAGGCAUUCCACCAGAGGAGCUUUGCACAUAUGUAUUAUUUAUUCUACAGUGUUGUGAAUGAGUGUUGUGAAUGUGUGUUGUGCAGUUUGUUGGUUGGUUUCCCUCUGUGUACAUAGAAGCUAUAGUUAUAUCUGCUAAAUAUUGUAAAAAUUUUAAACAAAAAAGGGUAUUUACUUCUACCCUAUGGCCUAUUCAUUUCUGAUGUAUAAAUAGUUUUGUGAUAGGGGUUUGGAUACAAGUAUUAUCAAAGAACAAGAACUUGUCAGUUUGUAAGAUUAGUAAUAGAUGUUUUUUAUAGUUUUGUGAUUA